CAGCCUGGCGCCUGCGUAUUGACGAUCGAUCCCGCUGAUGCAAGACGUCUUCGGCGCAGGAGUUUCUCGCUGAUUGAGCAUCAACAAAAGAAAAAAAAAGCCUACAAAAAUCAACUUCUGUCGUUUUCACGUCGCAAACAUGUCAGGAGACGAGAUGAUUUUUGACCCUAACAUGACCAAAAAGAAGAAGAAGAAGAAGAAGCCCUUCAUGUUGGAUGAGGAAGGAGGUGAAGGGCUGGGAGGAGAGGAGGUGAAAGAGGUGGAGGUGAAGGAGGUGGAACCAGAAGUUGGAGAGGAAAAGGAGCUGGACCUUGAUGAGGACGAAGGUCGGAAGAAAGAGCCAUCGGAUGAUCUGGAUGACCUUAACUUCUUUAAUCAGAAGAAAAAGAAGAAGAAAACAAAGAAAGUUUUUGAGAAUGAACUUGAGGAGGGAGUAAAGGAGCUGAAGAUAGAAGGGGAGCAGGCGGAGGUACCAGAGGAGGACAGUCUAGAUCUCGUGCUUCCUGCCAAGAAGAAGAAGCCAAAGAAAGUGGACUUUGAUGAUAGAGAGGCUCUGGAGGCUCUGGAGAAAGAUGAUGUGCUGGAGGAUGAUGAGGGGAAGAACGUUGAUGAAAUCUCAUUCGUCUCAUCCACGGGUCCAGCUUGGGCCGGCUCUGAAAGAGAUUACACUUACGAUGAGCUCCUGAACAGAGUCUUCAACAUCAUGAGGGAGAAGAACCCAGACAUGGUGGCCGGAGAGAAGAGGAAGUUUGUGAUGAAGCCUCCUCAGGUCGUCCGAGUGGGAACUAAGAAAACGUCCUUUGUCAACUUCACAGACAUUUGCAAAGCGCUACAUCGUCAGCCAAAACAUCUGCUGGCUUUCCUUUUAGCUGAGUUGGGAACAAGUGGUUCCAUAGAUGGAAAUAACCAGCUUGUGAUCAAGGGCAGAUUUCAACAAAAACAGAUAGAAAAUGUCUUGAGAAGAUAUAUUAAGGAAUAUGUGACGUGUCACACCUGCCGCUCUCCGGACACCAUCCUGCAGAAGGACACUCGUCUUUAUUUCCUGCAGUGUGAAACGUGCCACUCACGUUGCUCCGUCGCCAGCAUUAAGACCGGCUUUCAGGCUGUGACGAGCAAGAGGGCGCAACUACGCGCUAAAGCUAACUAAAGGCCGCUGCGUCUCGACUGUCCAUCUCGCUCUGUCUCCUUGGAAGGACCUGAGCUGGGGUGGGAUGUCCCCUUGUUUGCUAAAAGGACUUCUCUAAGUGGAACUGCGGGGAGGGGUUUAGCUGUUGAUCACUUCACAGGCCUGAGCAGGCAGCGAGCGAGCGGGUUUCAGACAACAUAAGCAGAAGAUGAAUAGAUCACACCAUGUUGGAUGCAUUUGAUUUUUCUUCUGGCUGCGAAGUCCUGCAGCUGCUGUGGUUCAUUAGCUAUGAUUUUUGAUUCGUAAAAAAAAAAAA